UGACCGUUUCGUUUCCACGGAAUAUUUUUACUGCGCACAGGUGUUCGUACUAACUGGUUCCGGGUGUCAACAUCCUGUUGGCUAACGUUAGCUGAAACACAAUCUCCGCUACACGUCCAGCUCUACAGCGCAUUAACAGAAAUACCAGAACAGAAUGGACGGUGAGGAGAGAACCUACGGUGGCUGUGAAGGGCCAGAUGCCAUGUAUGUGAAACUGAUCUCUUCAGAUGGCCAUGAAUUCAUUGUGAAAAGAGAACAUGCCUUGACUUCUGGGACUAUCAAAGCCAUGUUAAGUGGGCCAGGACAGUUUGCUGAGAAUGAAACCAAUGAAGUGAACUUCAGGGAGAUUCCAUCUCAUGUCCUGUCCAAGGUCUGCAUGUAUUUCACCUACAAGGUCCGCUACACCAACAGCUCCACAGAAAUACCUGAAUUUCCCAUCGCUCCGGAGAUCGCACUGGAACUGCUCAUGGCUGCCAACUUUUUGGAUUGCUAAAGUUACGAAGAUAAUGUAAAAGCUUAAAACAUUUUUAGACUUUUUGUUUUGAAUAUUUAAGUUGUUUUGCCAUUUACUUCAUAUGGAAUGUGAGUUUUCUUUUCUGCUCCUGGCUUUCUGUCACAAUUUCAUUGGUAUUAAAAGGUUACGUUUUAAUAUAAUAAAUGGACAUGACAGGCCAAUAAUGUGAUUAAUGUGCCCAACUUCUCAACAAAUCUUUCCUCACCUCUCCAUCUAAAUAAAUGCCUAUUUGGUGAGCA